AUGAAGAAAUAUGGAUAUGUUGGCAUUGGCGUCUAUUGCAUUCUGGGAGCCAUUGACUUAACAGCAGUCAUGGCUGUUAUUAGUGUGAAAGGAGCUGAACGUGUUCGAGAAGUAGAAGAUUAUGUGAUUGGUAAGGCAAAAGGAUGGUUAGGCAUACAACAUACACCUCGUCUCCCAGGCAAUGCGCAUGAAAGACCUUCAUUUACCUCACUAUUUGUUAUUGCAUAUGGUAUACACAAGACUAUCCUGUUGCCCUUUCGAUUAUCAUUGACUGCUGCGAUUACACCUACUGUUGCAAAACGAUUAAAGCAUUGGGGAUGGCUUCGUAACAAACUUGCGAAAAAUAAUAAAAAAUAA